UCGCAGAAAUUACUAGGUUCGGACUCACGGUCAAUCAUGGCUAACCUCCAACCUUGAAUCACCUAUUCAUACUUAUCACCGGCAUCCCUAUUCAGGAAGUAUGUACAUAUUUCAUAAGCACUAGGAGUUAGUCGUAUGACCAGGUGCGCUUCGCUCUAUUUUAAGUAAAAGCUUAUAGUGCUCAACGCAUCUCUAAUAACAGAUAGUACUCCAUCUAUUACUAUUUCGACUCUGAUAACCAGGAGAAUAUAAUACAUAUCGUAUCAAUACCGUAAAACAACAUACCAACAAUACCGCUAUUCUCGAUUCGUACUUGAAAAACAAUGAGCAUCCGUCACCGCUGCUCCUUUGUUCUCUUCUUAGGCACCAAUAGACCACCAUAUUCAGUGCAAUUCCUGAAAAUCUGCUAAUCCAUCCAUCCUCAAUUCAAUCCCAUAACAAUGUCUCUCAAAUUCGCUACAGUCCCAGCAGGGGCCAAGGUCCAACCAAAGCCCUUCAAAGUAUCUAUCCCUGACGAGCAGCUCGAAGAGUUACAGACUCUCAUCAGAUUGGCCAAGACUGCUCCACCAACAUACGAGGGCUCCCAGGAGGAUGGUAGACUUGGGGUUCCGAGUAGUUGGCUAGCAAAUGCCAAGGAGGAAUGGAAGAAAUUCGACUGGUAAGUUUUGCACGUUAGUUAUCAAGGGUUACUCUUGGACUGCAGUUGAUUGGAUGACUUGCACGACAGGAGAGAAUCCGAGAACGAGUUCAAUGAGUUUCCGCAAUUCACCUAUGAGAUUGAAGGGCUCAGAAUGCAUUUUGUGGCAUUGUUCUCUGAGAAGGAAGAUGCAAAGCCAAUUGCUUUUCUGCAUGGAUGGCCCGGAAGCUUCUUGGAAUUCUUACCACUACUCUCGCUCUUCCGCGAGAAGUAUGAACCCACUACGUUGCCGUAUCACCUGAUUGUGCCUUCUCUCCCAGGCUAUACAUUCUCAUCAGAUCUACCUGCCGACCGAGACUUUACCUCGCCUGAUGCCGCCAGGAUCUUGAAUCAGCUGAUGGUCAAUCUCGGAUUUGGGAACGGAUAUGUCGUUCAAGGCGGCGACGUAGGGUCUAAAAUUGGUCGUAUCCUAGGUGCAAAAUACGACUCUUGCAAAGCUGUUCACUUGAAUUUUGCGGGAAAACUUAACCCGCCGAAAGAUGCAACAGAGGAUCUAUCAGCUGUCGAACAAGAAGGCCUCAAGAGAGCACAGUGGUUCGGUACCUAUGGUACUGCUUAUUACUUUGAUCAUGCGACUCGACCGAGUACAAUCAGUCAUAUCUUGUCCACAAAUCCGGUCGCUCUCCUCAUAUGGAUCGGGGAGAGAUUUCGUGACUGGCCUGACAAGCGAAAUCCCGUCCCACUUCGGACGAUACUGCAGGAAGUCACUCUAUAUUGGUUGACAGAUACGUUUCCAAGAUCCAUCUACACCUAUCGCGAAACUUACCCUCCUCCACCUGUGCCACCUGCACAGCAGCCUGAUCAGUACAUUCACAAACCCUUUGGCUUCUCUUAUUUCCCGCAGGAAGUUAUACCUGCCCCUCGGUCAUGGGUAGAACGUACAGGCAACUUGGUUUUCUGGAAAGAACAUACGAAGGGAGGUCAUUUUGCAGCACUUGAAUGCCCGCAAGAGCUUGCAGACGAUAUUGUAGAAUUCGUCGAGCAGGUUUGGCAACAGUAGUGGACUGGGAAAUAUGGAACUAGAGUACUUGGAGAAAUGGUUACUAGAAUGCGCGUCCGACGUUUAUUUAUGCGAUGGUUAUUGCUGCAAUCCCCUCUCUAAUAAUUUAUAUUCCAGGGUCUCAUUUUAACUGACGAUGAAGGUUGCUACAAUAACUCUCGAUGCUAUUAAUUUAGCGUAGUGCGCCUUGCCGUUAUCCCUGUACAGCGUGCAGUAGCCUUGCCACUGUAGGUCACAAGACAUUAAGUACAAGCUUCUCACACUAUUCAGAUUGAAAAUUACGAAUCAACCAUGUAUGCACGUGCG